GAGUACAACCUUAAGCUGUUUUGUUUGAUUUUUUCUCCACAAAGGAAUACUACCAUCCUUGAAUGGAAAGUCGUGCUGCUUCGUUUUGACAUAAAAUGUAGUUACCUACGAGCGAAGUGCUCCGUGGUCGUGUGCAAGUACAGUUUUCCAUAUUCAACUAGUAGACAUGAGAGAUCGGGUAUUCAGGUUAUCCUGAAAUGCGUUUCUUUCACUUCCAGAGCUUCAAGUCGAGGUGGUUGUGAAGAGACGACAGAGGUCUUCGGUGCAGCAGCAUCGCAGGCUUGUCACAUGCAGCUGUUUUGACUCGCACUGACUUUUUAUCAGGCGUCAGUUUUUUUCUUUCCUCGAGACUAUGCCUCCUCUGAGUUUCUUUCUCUGUCUCCGGGUACCUUUCGCACCUGUUUUCCAUCCUUGGGCCUCCAAACUUCUUUCAGUGCACAAGCACUUCCAUCGGACAAUCAGGCAUAACCUUGCCUCCUUUAUGCAGCAAACAAGAACAGAUUCUCGUCAUUUUGUUCGCUAUGUAGUGGGCAUAGCCAAGGCGUCGGCUACUCGUGCACGCGACAACCAAGUUGCCACAGUAAUUGACGUGGGGUCUUCUAAGGGGCCUUCGUCAACUGAAAUCAUUCCUGAGGGAUACACGGAGGAACCACAGGGCAUACGCUUAUACGGAGAGGCAACAGUUCCCGACCCUUCCCGAUCUUCAUCAGUCGGCGCCGAUGAGUGCAUAGAAGAGACAUUUCCACACAUUGUAGCGCAUGCGUUCCUCGAGAAUUCACCAGCGACAAAAAUACGCAUAUAUAUUUCGAAGAGACAAGAAAACACCUUCCACUCUUAUGGAAACAGCAAAGUCAUUGGCACACACGACAAUUGCGCGGUACGUUUCCACACUUUUCGUUUUGCGACAGCUCACCUAGUGCUGUCAGAGCAAAAGAGCGGCGAACUCGAAAAAACAGAACGCGGGGAAGAUGGUGGAAGCCCGGCGAAACCGGCGGGCACUCCGUCGCAUGCUGCAGCCCAGGAAGUGGUGAAAAAAGGAACCUUCCACGACGAGCUUUUGUCAGAGGAAAACAUAAUGAAAACCGUGAACGAUCGUCAGGGCGUCCAGUGGCGAAUCCGGGAGAGCCGGAGAAGUUUGCACACGGAAUGCCGGAGCCAGCCUGAGGACGGAACGGAGCCGAGUGGAAGGCCGCAAUUACACGAAAGCGCGAAAAGACUUCUCUUCGCCCUGUCUUCGGCUGUCAUGACUAUCCAUGAGCAUAAGCGGACUCUGGAAGCUACGGCUGCAGCCAUGGGUAUUCCUCCAGCGCUAUGUUUUCAAUAUCCAGGAGCAAACUCCUCGUCACCGCUCUCUCCAGUUUCUCCGAUCUCUGCACUCCUUUCCAAAAUGCCUUGGGCGGAUUUUACAGGUUUUCGAGUGAAUCUUCCUACUGUCCCUGUUGACUUCCAUCUGACGGUCUCUGCGUCAAUCGCCAUUCACGAUCACCAGCAGUCUGAGGUUCCAAGUAAAACAAAUUCCAGCUGUCGCCUUCCACACACGGUAGACCCCCUGUGUGGAAAAGCAUCUUUUGGUGUAUCUCGAGAGGAGCAGGAACGAAAUUCGGCUCAGCCGGCACCUGAUGUGCCUGUCGUUGGCAGUGCGCAAUUUUCGCGUUGGAAGGAGGCGCAAACACGGGGUGUGGUGUGCAAUGGAAACGGAGACCAGCAACUCGCUGAACAACAAGCAUUUGCAGUGACAGCUCGUGUCUGGGUGUUGGAGGUGCCUUCGGCAUCUUAUUCGAGAAAAUCAUUUGUAGCAUUGACGUCCGACCUAGACGGACAGGAAGCGGAGCAAGCACCGAGACACAGCGAGACGAUAAGAGACACAGUAUUAACAAAUAGGAUGCCAUACGAGGACAAUCGAGCGGAAACCUCUAGACCCUCUACAUCCCCCGCGUGGAAACCGACGAAGGGAUCUACAUACAGAUUUUGCGUCUGCCUUGCAGAAGACGAUCACGUAAAAAAAAGCGCAUCUGAUAAAAUAACAGACAAUGUUGCCAUGGAGACAGAGGCGCCGUUUUCGGACACCGCCGCGACGCAGAUCGAAAAUGUCCAAGGCGGAGAUUAUUUUGGAGGCGAAGGCGCGAUGCGCGUGACAGCUGCUGUGGAUGCAGAGGGGCGACUGGUGUACAACGUAGAAGAGACGUUUUGUGCGUAUUCUGGUGUGGCUGAAGUGGGCACUGAGGAGACCGACUCUUUCGCUGAAGAGAAUUUCGCAACACGACGAGAGACAAAGCUUGUGCCAGCUCUGAUCAUCACCACCUCUCAACAAUCUGGAAGAGAGACAGUCUAUCUGCGCGCUGCCGUUUCGACUUCUCCGCCAUUCGACUCCGGAGCGAGUCAACGUGAGAUUGAAGAAUGCCACAUGGAGACCGGGGACUCUUUCUCUGGAACUGAACACUUGGGGAAAACCAGUUCAGCGGAGAGGAUGGAUGACCCCCAUGAUGGCCAAAGCCUCUCAGGUGGACGGAUGCUCGGCGCAAAGCUGCCACUCGGAAAGGUUCUAACGUCCUUCACGUAUCGAGAUGAUCCUGAGGGAGCCCGAAAACAGAGAAAAGUUUGUGAGGUGCGGGCGCCCAUGAAUGGAACAGUUAUUAAAGUUGCAGUCAAAGAAGGCGAGCAUGUUACGAAGAACGCGCUGUUAGCAGUUAUGGAAGCCAUGAAAAUGGAAACGGUGAUCAGAAGUCCCUACAACGGUAUUGUCACCUCGGUACGAUCGAGAGAAGGUGUCUCGACAAAACAAGGCCAGAGUCUACUCGAAAUCCUCGAGGACCCGGAACGAGAACAGUAGAGUUCUGGCACACGUUGCUGGAACGCCAUGAUGAGACACAUAUGUGGAUAAAUUGGAAAGAGACGAAAAGGUUCUUAUUGGCGUAGGGCGUUCUGAAGGUGAGCUUAAAGGCUCACCUGAUACAGACGUUCCGAGACAGUGCGACACGAGUUUCAAACUCGAACCAAUCUGGCUCGUAUCCCACAGCACUCUGGCAAAGAAACAAGACACGCCAAAAAUACAACUUUCUGCGUUAGCAUGCUUGCUGCGGGUGUCAGUGUGGCAAGAGAAUCUGUGCGCGGUCUGGAAAACCGAAAAGCAGUGACAUCCAGCACGGA